AUGCCCAAAGGCAAAGCGAAAGGGCAGGGGAAAUGGAAACACAGAAAUAAAGGGAAGGGGGGCGCGCCAAGGGCGGACCGCAACCCUCCCCCUACACCCGCCGGUCCAAGCCAUCCAACCCUUCCGAGCCCGGAUGGCCCGUCGAACCCCGGAGACGAAAUUCCCAAGCUAUCGAUGAAUGGCCUGACGCUCUGUGACCCUGAUCCGGCCGAAGCCCCGGUGCUGAUUCCGCCCAAGAAAAAAAAGAAGCAGCCGUUUCGGUUCUUGGAUUUGCCUCCGGAACUGCGCAUUGAAGUGUACACGCACUUCGUUACGGCCGAUGAUGUGGUCGACCUCAACACAGAAAACCACAAGUACAUCCGCAAAAAACUAUCCAUACUCAAGACCUGCAAACUCAUAUACCAAGAAGCCUCACACGUGUUCUACGGCAAAAACACGUUUCGGAUCUUCCCUACGCAAGGUGGUCGUUACUUUAAGACUAAGAAGCCGCUGCUUGCGCGACUGAAGUCGCAUCAGCGUAGGAUGCUGACCUCGCUGGAAUUACGCCUCGGCCCGGGUUGGACUAACCCCCCACGCGGCUGGGUAGUGAACCCGGCGCUAGGUCUUCACGAUUGCGUCAAUGUGCAGAAAAAUACCGUCCCUGACCUGCGUCCACUUUGA